AUGGCGGAGUUGCAGCAGCUGCAGGAGUUUGAGAUCCCCACGGGCCGCGAGGCUCUGCGGGGCAACCACACGGCCCUGCUGCGAGUCGCUGACUACUGCGAAGACAACUACGCGCAGGCCACAGACAAGCGGAAGGCCCUGGAAGAGACCAGGGCCUUUACCACCCAGGCCCUGGCCAGCGUGGCCUACCAAGUGGGCAACCUGGCCGGGAACACUUUGCGCAUGUUGGACCUGCAGGCAGUCGCUCUGCGAGAGGUGGAAGCUCGUGUGAGCACACUGGGCCAGAUGGUGAACAUGCAUAUGGAGAAGGUGGCCCGAAGGGAAAUAGGCACUUUAGCCACUGUCCAGCGGCUGCCCCCUAGCCAGAAAAUCAUCGCCCCCGAGAGCCUACCUCCCCUCACGCCCUACUUCAGGAAACCCCUCAACUUUGGCUGCCUGGAUGACAUUGGCCAUGGGAUCAAGGCUGCUCCCCACCCGCUUGGAUCUCAGCCGGCGCACCUCAGUGAACGCUUUGUCCAAAGCGAGGCCCUAGAGCUGCCCCCACCACUGGACCUGCCCCCACCGCUGGACCUGCCCCCUCCUCCAAUCCUGGACAUAAACGAACUGGAAAUGCCCCCUCCACCUCCACCAGGCUUUGGGCCGGAAGAGCCUAGCUGGGUCCCUGCUUCAUACUUAGAGAAAGUGGUGACACUGUACCCAUACACUGGCCAGAAGGACAACGAGCUCUCCUUCUCUGAGGGGACUGUCAUCUGCAUCACUCGCCGCUACUCCGAUGGCUGGUGUGAGGGUGUCAGCUCAGAGGGGACUGGAUUCUUCCCAGGUAACUACGUGGAGCCCAGCUGCUGACAGCCAGCCUGAGGCUCUCUGGGCUGCUGACUAGAGGCUCUUCUCUGAGUGAACCUCAAGCCCCAGGCCAAAGCCAGCUCCAAGGUCAAGCAAGGCUGGACUAGAGGAAGUGCCCAGAUGCCUGCUGCAGACAGGAAAGAACUGGAAGACAAGGAGUCUGGUGAUCUUGUCCACAGAGGACCCUAAGUCCACUGAGGGUGGGGUCUCCAGCUGCAAGUGCCAACUUUGAAUAAAACUCUGUUGAACUCCU